AUGGUGCUCCAAUCUCAACCAUAUCCCCAAGUCGGUUAUGCAUACACAUAUGGAGAUGAGCACUACAAGAACGGUUAUCAGCACCAGGACGAUUAUUACUCGAAGCAUGGCUAUGCACAGCAACAGGAUUACUGCUCCGAGAAUGCCUAUUACAACAGUGGUUCAAGCAUGCAGCAGGUGAAGCCUUAUCCCAAUAUCGCCACGCCUCAUCACCAUGAGGUUGGCUAUCAGGGCUAUGGGCAGCAGCACAGCAUUAAUGGUGAUGGGUAUGGGAAUCACCACAAGUACAAUGACUACAACAGCCAUGGCUAUGAUAAGCACUCAACGGGCAAGCAUCACAUGACUGAUGGCUUGUAUGGCAAACUCCACGGCUACGAUCAUCAUGACAAUCAUGGUUAUCCUGCAGGGUAUCCAAAUGGACCUAGCAACACUUAUGAAACAGUGAGCUCCAGCUACUAUGCUGAGGGUCGUGUUCGUCACCCAACAUCUUGUCAGCACCUGAACCAACAAAACUGGCCCUCCAAUGCUGCUCAGUGGAUUGCCAAGUCUCUGGACGACUAA